AUGUCGAGUAUCGGGUUCAUUCUCGUAUUGUUCAAGCAUGAUGUCAUCAUAUAUGAUGAUGACAUCAUAUUGGUGACAUCACACAUUGCAUCAUCUCAUGUCUUCUACAUAUUGAGAAACAGUAAACGACAAAGAUCAUGUCUUCUACAUGUUGUGAUUGGACCAUUAAAAGGUCCAAUGAGAACACGGUUCAACCGACACGGGAAUAAUGGGGAGAAGCAACAACAAAAAGAAAGGAAGUCUGUCUUCGAUAGACUAUUCACGUUACAAGGGCAAGGAGGGAAGCAACCGGAACAAACUGAGAAUAGGGCCAGAGCUGACGGAGCAGGGCAAUAUAAGAAAGUUGUUACUCAAGGUGAUGCUCCAACUAAGGUGAUGGUGGAAAUCCCUCCACUGGUCACAGCUGCACAAAAAGACUGGGAACUCAGGUCACUAAUAGCUGAAGUCAAAGAUAUGGAAACACUAGAUAACUUGUUGCAGAUUCUCUCCGAAGAAUUACGGGUGCAGGUGGAGACUAGAUAUGUGGGUGGUUUGAAAGUUCUCUUAACCUUCGCAUCCCAAUCAGAGGCCGAAGUCUUUCACCUGAAAGAACAAGACUCCUGGUGUCAUUGGUUCUUCAGAUUGUAUCGGUGGGAUGGGUUACCGUCGAAUUUCGAUAGGAUAGCCUGGAUAAAAAUAAUAGGAGUGCCCCCAUGUUUAUGGGACAGACUUGUAAUCAACAAAAUAGGGGAAAGAUUUGGCAGAUUGGUUAGGAAAUCAGAAGUUAACGCCCUCGACAGAAACAUUUCGGUAAAUAAGCUGGCCAUUCUAGUGGACACUGGGGCACGAAUUUCUUCAGAAGUUUCUCUGUUAUGGAAAGGGCAUGAAAUCAGAGCAUGGGUGGAGGAAUGUGAUGAAGGGUGGACGCCGGAAUUCCUUGACUACCAGCCGGAGUUGGAUGUCCCGAUCACUCCUCCGGUAAAAUCAGUGAUCGUGAAUUUGCAUGGAAGGGGUAUUGAAAGGUCGGAUAAUGAAGAGUCAUGCAUGGAAAAGCAGCAGGAACAUUCAUCACAUGUGUCUGACACACCUCAACGCUCGAGGAAAGAGAGUAGCCAGCCGGCUAUGGACCCACACCCUAAUGACUCCUCUCCUGAACCCCAAAACUCUGUUGGGCCUGUUACCCCAAUAUCAGAAGCCCGUUUUCACCCUGAUAGUGGGCUUGGUUAUAUUACAAUUAGGGCCAAGGACAAAAGGAGAUUUAAUAAAGGGGAGUCAAUGGCAGGGCCUUGUUUCAAAACACCAGACCUCAACAUAACAGAAGAUUCAGAUCCGUUUAAUCUGAAUGAGAUAAUUUACCGUACUUCGGUUAGAGCAGGGGAGACAGAAAUGCAGGGUGAUGCUUCGCCUGAGCAGGUAAGUACUAGCAGAACUCGAAGGAUGGAGGCCGGUCAAGAUACUGAUCUACAGUUCGGAACUAUUAACCAGGCUUUUGAAGGAGAAGUCCUUAAUACGCUCAGGAGUCCGGUUGAGUUUGCUUCGGUUGAUGCCGUCGGUCGGUCUGGUGGUUUAGCCUCUUGCUGGGACCCUGGAAUCUUCUCCGUUGACUCAGUUAUUAAGAGUCAGCGGUUCCUUGUGGUCUCUGGCUCUGCAAAAGGCUUGGCUCAAAAAAUUAAUAUUUUGAACACUCAUGCCCCGAACGACCUUCCUGGUCGCAGAUCGCUUUGGGAUUCCAUCGUUGACAUCAAAAUGCAACUAGCUGGAUUCUGGGUCAUCUUAGGUGAUUUUAACGACGUGAGGCAGCCUCAUGAGCGUGUUAAUUCUCGGUAUGAUCCUACUUCAUCCGCUGAGUUUAAUGACUUCAUAAGCAGGGCUGGUUUGCUGGAAUAUAAUAUGUCAGGUGGUAAAUUCACCUACAUAUCUGAUAACUCAGACAUUAAAUUCAGCAAGCUUGAUAGAAUCCUAGUAUGUGACCUUUUCAUGCAACAAUGGCCUUUGGCGGAAUUAAAGGUGUUGGGAAAGGGUGUCACACCCACGCCGUUCAAACUGUAUAAUACUUGGCUGGGUCUUAAGGAUCUUACCGAUAUUGUAAAUGCAAAUUUUGGGCAUCGAAUAAUGUUUGCAAGGGGAGACAAAACCUUGGCAGCUUUGUUAAAAAACAUCAAGAAUGAUAUCAAGAAAUGGAGGGCCAAGGUCCGUAUUCAGGAAGAAAAGGAGAUAGAAGAGUUGCGUAAUGAGGCUGAAAGGUUGGAGAAGCUGGCUGUAACAGGUAAUCUCACUGCGGGAGAAAAACAACUGCGAGUUGAGACCCGACUAAAGAUCAAAAAGGUGGAACUGGCUAGAAUUAGAGACCUCCAUCAAAAGGCCAGAAUUAAAUGGUUAAAAGAGGGGGACGAAAACACGCGGUUUUUUCAUGGGGUCUUAAAUAUCAACCGGGCAACGAGCAGGAUCAACGGCUUAACCAUUGGAGGGGUUUGGGUUACGGACCCAAUCAUAAUUAAAGAGGACAUUCGGAGAUGGUUUCGUAAACAAUUCGCUGAACCAAUGAGAAGGAGACCCGACUUCUCUAAUUUGGGGCUCCCAACUGUCUCCGCAGAUCAAGCUGUGUCCCUUGUAGCUGAUUUCUCUUUGGAUGAAAUACGUUUGGCGAUUAGGAGUUGUGAUGGAAACAAGGCCCCGGGCCCGGAUGGUUUCACUUUGAAUUUUUACAAAAAAUAUUGGGACCUUUUCAAACCUCUACUUCUAAAAGCUAUGGCAGAUUUUCAUUUGUCAGGCGAGUUUAGUGCGGGCUGCAACGCUUCCUUUGUGGCCUUAAUUCCCAAGAUAAGCGACCCUCAAAGCAUGGCUGAUUUUCGACCUAUAUCUCUUGUCGGGUCAGUUUAUAAAAUUAUUGCCAAACUUCUAGCUAAUCGUUUGAAGCCGGUGAUGGACCCGCUGAUUUCUCAAACCCAAUCUGCCUUCGUUGGCAGUAGGAAUAUCCUAGACGGACCUCUUAUAGUAAGCGAAUUGGUGACUUGGGCAAAGAAACGUAAAGUAAAAAUGUUGAUUUUCAAGGUCGAUUUUGAGAAGGCCUAUGACUCCUUAAAUUGGAAAUUUUUGUUCAAAGUUAUGGAGUACAUGGGGUUUCCGGAUAAAUGGGUUAAUUGGAUCAAGGGGUGUCUUCGCUCGGCCAAAGGUUCGGUAUUGGUUAACGGAUCACCAACCGCCGAAUUCAAGUUCAAGAGAGGCCUUAGGCAAGGAGACCCUCUCUCGCCUUUUCUCUUUAUCCUCGCUAUGCAAGUUCUCGACAUGUUCAUGAAAAGGGCAUUAUCUUUGGGUUUGUUCCAUGGUAUCAACCUCCCUAACGGGGGCCCCGUGGUGUCACACCUAUGCUAUGCCGACGAUGUGUUAUUCAUCGGAGAAUGGUCUCCCCACAAUGUGGAAAGCCUCAAGUACUUUUUUAGAUGCUUGUAUCUUGUCACCGGUCUAAAAGUCAAUCAUAAUAAAUGUCGAAUUUAUGGUGUGGGUGUGGACGAAGUGGAAGCGACUCAAAUGGCACGUACGCUAAACUGUGAGGUGGGGAAAUUCCCAUUCACAUACUUGGGGGUCCCUAUUGGGGCAAAUAUGAAACGCACAACACAUUGGCAACCGGUGGUUGAAAAGUUUCAAAAGCGGCUCUCAUCUUGGAAGGCAAGGACUUUGUCUUUUGCGGGACGUGUUACUCUUGCGAAAGCGGUACUUGGGAGCCUCCCUUCCUACUAUUUAUCUAUUUAUAUUGCUCCUAAAGCCGUCAUAAAAAAACUCGAAAGCAUAAGGAGGGCGUUUGUGUGGGGCAGAACGGCUUUGGGUGGCAAAAUAAAUUGGGUUCGGUGGGACAAGAUGACGAAACUUAAAGCUAACGGUGGGCUAGGUAUUGGGGGUAUCCGCGACCUCAAUUUGGCAAUGAUUGCCAAGUGGUGGUGGAGAUUUAAAAAAGAGCCAAAUCAGCUUUGGGCUUCGGUUAUAAUGGCCCUACACGGACAUGGCUCAGACAAAAAACUGAUCCCGAUUAAGAAGACCCUCCCGGGAACUUGGAAGGACAUUGGAGGCGUUGACGAAGCCUUGUUAAGGGCUGAUUUCAACUUGAAAGAUAAAUUAAAGGCCAAGGUGGGAAACGGACAAAAAAUCCGCUUCUGGAAAGACCCUUGGUUAACAAGUGUGCCGUUAAUGGAGGAGUACCCGGAUCUGUAUAUGCUGGCCAAAAACAAGAACAACACAGUGGCAGCAAAUAGGGCCGGUUCGGGUGAUAGCGCUGGGUGGAGCUGGGAUUGGAGAAGAGAACCGCUCAGAGAUAGCGAGUGGGAUCAUAUCGGGGAGUUGAUGUCACGGCUGUCUCAGGUUCACAUAUCAGAUGCAAAUGAUUCGUGGGUGUGGGAUUGUGAAACGGGCAACGAGUUCUCGGUGAAGAAUAUUCGUUUGGAAAUGGAAAAUGCAAGCCAGGUUCAAGACAAUGGGUCAGAAUUUUUUUGGAAUUCUUGGGCUCCUCUAAAGGUUAAUUACCUUAUAUGGAGAGCCAGGAUGGGGAAAGUGGCAACGAAGAAAGAGCUGCACAAGAGAGGUAUCAACAUCCAGGAUUUGGUUUGCUCCAGGUGCGGUUAUGGGAUCGAAACGGCGGACCACUUAUUUGCUGACUGCCUGCUGGCCAGAAGUGUUUGGUGGCAGAUUUGUGUGUGGCUAAAAAUACCUAUUCCGUCAAACGCGACCUCUUUAAGGGAUAUUAUGGACGCAAUUUCACAGAACCCGGGCGCAAAAAGAUGGAAGAAGCUGGUUAAUCUGGUUGCUCAGGCUACGGUCUGGAGGAUAUGGAACACACGUAAUGCAAAAAUUUUCGAGGGGAAGAACACAUCCAUUCAGGCUACUGUUGAAUUAAUAAAGGAGGAUAGCUACACUUGGGCAAUGCAUCGCUCAAAUUUUACAGUUACCUGGGAGAAAUGGCUUAGUUUCGAUGUUAGCUCUAUGUUGUAA